AUGGAGAAAUCAUCUUCUGAAGAUAAUGUGUCUGCAGAAGUUAGAGGAAUCAGCACAUAUUCGAAAAAGUUAGAACGAAUCAGGUCAGUUAUCGUAAAACAUGCAAGGUACGUUUGGAUAGACACCAUAUGUAUGGAUAGGUCUAGUCUCUCAGAUUUGGACGAGACUGACCGUUCGAUGUACAAAUGGUAUGCAAACUGUCGCGCAGUGGUACUAGACUCGGAUACCUCGCUAAAUGUAUGGAAAAGUAGAGGAUGGUGCUUACAGGAAGGGGCUGCAGCAGGGUUACUUUAUGGAAUCCUUGCGAAAGACUCGAGAGAAGAACUUGUUUCCUUGCAGGAAUUGGCAGAGAUACAAAAUGUACACCUCUGCCAGCUAGACCUCAGUCUCUACUAUCGUCCUGGAAAUGCUGCUGAAAUAUUAGCAAGGAUGGAUGCGCGAAAGACGACUAAUGUGGAAGAUAUGUCGUAUGCUCUGAUUGGAAUAUUCUCCCUUAAUAUACCGCUCGGCUAUGGCGAGGGA